CAGAAAACAUGAAGAAGAAGAAGAGGAAGACGACGGCGACGAAGAAGAGUCAACGUUCGAUUUUCAAUGGAAACUGAAAGCAAUUACGGCUCUUAAAAAGACAGAGACCCUGAUCUCCUGGACAAACCAGUUCACUUGUCAAAACAAGGGUGCAGAUGGCUGGCUUUCUGGAUAACUUCCGCUGGCCAGAGUGUGAAUGCAUCGACUGGGGGGAGAGGAGGAACGCGGUGGCUUCAAUUGUGUCUGGAGUCCUGUUUUUUUCAGGCUGGUGGAUCAUGAUUGAUGCAGCAGUAACGUAUCCAUCCCAGCAGAUGAACCAUGCCUUCCACACAUGUGGCGUCUUCUCCACCAUAGCAUUCUUCAUGAUUAAUGCAGUCUCCAAUGGCCAGGUGAGAGGAGAUACGUAUGGAGAAGGCUGCCUUGGCAGGACAGGAGCUCGUCUUUGGCUCUUUAUCGGCUUCAUGAUGAUGUUUGGUUCGCUCAUCGCCUCCAUCUGGAUCCUGUUCGGUGGCUAUGUGGUGCCAAAGAUAGAGGUGGCACCAGGAUUGGCUGUGUUCUUUCAGAAUGCCUUCAUCUUUUUUAGCACUCUGAUCUACAAGUUUGGACGGACUGAAGAUUUAUGGGGUUAGAAGAUCUUUCUCUCAUAUACACAGUCUUUCAAAUGUUUUGUAACCAGUGGUUUUAAAUUAAGAAACUAUAAAACCUGCACCCUUAAUGCACACAUGAAUUUACAAUGUAUAAGCAGUUAAAUUGAGUUUUAACUCGAGAACCAUCAGUGCUACCACACACACACACACACACACACACACACACACACACACACACACACACACACACACACACCCACACACACACACACACACAUAUUAUUAUAUAGUGUUUUGAUGACUUUACUGAUUUAAAAAUGUUUUAUUUGCAUACUACUCUUUUUGGUUCAUACUGUACUGUGUAUUGUGCUGUUUUGAAGAAAAAUACUUUGAUUCAAAAUGUUUGUAUUUUAAUGAGGGAAUUCCUAUUUGUGAUUAAGGACACAAGUUUCUUUAGUUUUAUUGUAUCAAAUGCAUUUCAAGUGUGAGUUCUUGUCAUCAUUUGUUAAAUAUGUUCUGGGGUUCAGCAUAAUAUCACUGUAGUGAGUCAGAAAGGGAAGUCAUCAUUUGGAUGGGUUAAUUAAUUGAUAGAACCGUAUUUGAUGUGAGAACAAACACACCACAGAGGGAGGAGAGCCCUUUGUGCUGUCUCUUCUGAAACUGCUCAUAUUGUAUGCUUGUAUGUUGCAGUUCCCACACAUCCACUGUGUUAUAACUUCUAUUGGAUGAGCCAUACCGGUUUUUUGUUUUUAUGGGUAAGAUUCAUUAUAAGGUCAGUUUUCUGUUCACAGAUUAGUCACUGUUGUUUUGCCUCAGGAUGCUUUUUGAAAUGUUAUGUCUUCUUGUACUAUAUUUCUGUUUUGCUCUUGUUCGUCCCAGAAAACAUCCUUUAAAGUGACAUGUAAGUAUUGAGACACUUGGCAUUUUUUUCUGUAGCCAUUUUCAGUGUUUAUGUAUAGAACAAAUAUUCUGAAGCUGUCAAUCAGCCUUUGUAGAAACUGUAUUAAAGGACUGUUGAGGGAGUACUUGCUACCACAUGGAGACAGUUUUAGAAUCAAUCAAAUGCCUCUCCACCAUGACUCUUUGAGUCAUAUGGAGGAAACAUAAGACUGGGGUUACUUACCAUCUCCACUACAAUAAAGUUUUUCAAUCAUUUUCUGACUUGCCAAGAGUGAAAAUAAAGAAAAUGUUUUAUUGCAGAAUGCCUGACAGUCUGUCUCUGUAACGGUCCAGAGGCAGCAGCUUCUUUGUGUAGUCCCGGUAGAGUAACUGUGAUCUGCUGCCCAUCAAGAUGAAUAGUUUUCUUUUUAUUUUAAGUUUUGACCUGAAAACAGGAAAUGUGACAAAGGAUAAUUCUGGUUUAUUUCAACCUGGUACAGUUUACCAUGAAUGUGGCUACUGUGGCUCUGUUGGUCAUGCUAACUCUGCAUUCUUGCAGAGAUUCAAAAUAAAAUAGAGUUGCACAAAGAAAACAUUUAUUAGGCCAGAAGUAUGAGGGACCUCCUUUUACAGCAUAUUUUUUUGCUAAUCAAGUAUUUAUAACUGCAGCUGUCCCAGUCCAACGCAACACUAGGGUUGGGAAUCAAGAACUGCUUCUGAAAUCUGAUUCUGAAGGACUCAGUAAGAAUUGUUAAAUUGUUUUUAUUUUUGCUUGUUUAUUUGUUUUUUUUUACCAGUUCCUAAUUAAAUUUCAUUAAGAAACAUGAACAGAGACUCUUUUUUUUUUUUUUCCCUCCUCUGUGACUGAACAUAACCCACAGACUGUCAGUAGUUAUUCUGCUUGAUGAGGCUUGUUGCAGUUGACUUAACUGCCUUUUUAGCAGCAUUUCACUGACUGCAGCAAUAUGCUGCUACUUCUCACACAAACCAGAGGGCUGUACUACAAAGCAAGUUCAACAUAGCCGGGCUUUCUUUCAGACUGUGCAACCUCACUGAUUAAAAACAUUUUUCAAAUUCAAUUAAUCCAUCUAAUUAUUGAGUGUUGCUUCGCCUUGAUAUACACAGAUGGGCAGUCUUAGAAGA